ACACAGCAUCUUAGUCACAAAGGCUUAGCAGAGUGUCUGCCGUCUCAAACCGGGGGAUUACAAUCAGAAUCCAGUCAGCACCGUCUCUAUGUGUGUGUCUAUGUCUUGUGGGUGUGUGCUUAGCAGGUGGAGGACCUCUCUUCUAUUCAGGGUGAUGGGAGCCGCUAACAGAAAGAAACCCAGAGGAAUAGACUAAACCAACAGACAGAGGAACAGACUAAACGAACAGACAGAGGAACAGACUAAACCAACAGACGGAGGAACAGACUAAACCAACAGAGGGAGGAACGGACUAAAUCAACAGACAGAGGAACAGACUAAACCAACAGAGGGAGGAACGGACUAAACCAACAGAGGGAGGAACGGACUAAAUCAACAGACAGAGGAACAGACUAAACCAGCAGAGGGCGGAACGGACUAAAUCACAGAGGGAGGAACAGACUAAACCAACAGAGGGAGGAACAGACUAAACCAACAGAGGGAGGAACGGACUAAACCCACAGAGGGAGGAACGGACUAAACCCACAGAAGGAGGAACGGACUAAACCCACAGAGGGAGGAACGGACUAAAUCACAGAGGGAGGAAGGGACUAAACCAGCAGAGGGAGGAACGGACUAAACCAACAGAGGGGGGAACGGACUAAACCAACAGAGGGGGGAACGGACUAAACCAACAGAGGGAGGAAGGGACUAAAUCAACAGAGGGAGGAACUGACUAAACCAACAGAAGGGUGAACGGACUUAACCAACAGAGGGAGGAACGGACUAAACCAACAGAGGGAGGAACAGACUAAACCAACCUAGGGAGGAAUGGACUAAACCAACAGUGGGGGGAACGGACUAAACCAACAGAGGGGGGAACAGACUAAACCAACAGAGGUGGGAACGGACUAAACCAACAGAGUGGGGAACAGACUAAAUCAACAGAGGGAGGAGCGGACUAAACCAACAGAGGGAGGAAGAGACUAAACCAACAGAGGGAGGAACGGACUAAACCAACAGAGGGGGGAACGGACUAAACCAACAGAGGGAGGAGCAGACUAAACCAACAGAGGGAGGAAGAGACUAAACCAACAGACAGAGGAACAGACAGUGGAGCAGAACGACCCCAGACCAGAGACAGAGCAGCCAUCUCACCGUGUGUGUAGCGCGGUGUGUCGGAGGACGGUGGUAUGGCGCGCUGGGAGAGCUGGUCGUGGAGUUGGUCGUUAAUGCUGUCUCUCCUCCUCUCUCUGUCUGCUCACGGAGAACUCUCAUUGACCACUGUCAGCAAGACGGAAGUCCAGCACAGCCAAUCAUCUUUCUCCGCUGUAGAAAGGGCGGUGCUUAUCGGUGAUGACUCAGCAGAGCUGAUUGGUUUAGGGUUAGGACUAGCGGCUGGACUUCCUCUCAGCGCCAUCAAACGUAAAACCUCUCACAGAAGACACUCCCACUUGGACUUCACUGAACAGGACGAUCAGCCAAUCAGAGAAGAGCUAACUGGCGAGGAAUCUCAGGAACGCUCAGAUGAUAUCAUCAAGGUGGAGUUCCAUAACCCUGACCGCCCCUUGACCCCUGACCUCUCGUCUGAUUCUGAUUGGCUGACGGCUGUAGUUCAGCCCCUGCAGCAGCGGGCGGGAGACCCCACAGCCUGGACUCUGUCAGAUUUCUACGACUACCUGUCCCCCGACGACAAACUCUCCACCAUAGAUUCAACCCUUGACCCUGAUCCGACCCUGACCCCUCCGACAGACAUGGAGGAUGAAAACCCAUCGCUCACUGGCUCCCCUGUCCUCAAUGUUACCCCUGACAAUGAUGACCCCCAGCCACCCUCUCAGUCUCAGCCCCCCUCUCAGUCUCAAUCCCCCCCUCCUUCCCCUCCUCAGGGGUCAGAUGGGUGUGGUUUGGGCUUUGUGAGGUCAGAGGUCGGGGGUGAGUGUGUGUCUCAGUGUGACACACAGCCUGACUUCUGCUACAACAGAGGAGUUUGUACCAUCGCUACGGGAAUAGGAGCAUUCUGCAGAUGUAAUGUCCAGGACUAUAUGUGGAACAAGGGCUCUCGUUGUGAUUGGGUGGUGACAGACUUCCAGGUGCUGUGUGUGGUAGUGGGUGUGGCCUCUACGACCCUCAUCCUACUCAUCAUCAUCAUCGUCUUCUUCGCCAAACGACUCCACCGCCUGAGGAUUGAGAACAGGCGACUCCGCAAACGCAGUCUAUACCGUCCACACAGCGAGAUGCAGAUAGAUGGCUUCUCUGUUUCCACGGCGCAAGAUGGUUCCCAUGCCAACGAUGACCCUCAGAAAAUGGAGGACCCUGUAAAGUCUCAAUUCACUCAAGGGGAGGAGUCUCUGAACAUCGCCAACUCUCAUUCGCCGAAACAUAUUAACAACCGCCCUGCCCACUCCUCUGACCACACCCCUAACGCAGACCAGGAGGUAAAUAGGGAGGAGGCAAGCUCCUCCCCCUCCAACAUCAUAUACUAAAUUAUUAUUAUGAUUAAUGUAAUACCACCAUGCACAUAAUACUCCAUAUAUCUACUAUACUAUCUCUGGAGAGGGACUGUUGAGCCCCUUGACUCCACUAGGAGCUAAAAGGACGAAAACACAACUAUACUACAGUAUACUAUACUGUACUGUCCUAUACUAUAUCCCUUACAUAACAACAUGUUGCACCACUACUGACCACAUGGGGGUGAUGCUACUCCUUCCUUGCUACACCUAGCUGCAUCACUGUAGCAAUCCUGAACUAAACUGUCUCUGGCUGGACAAACUCUCCUCUCCCACAAUGUCCUGCUCUCAUCUCUGACCCUUUACUGCUGUCCUCCCUUCUCCCACUGUCUGCCUUAAGUCUGCGUCAAAAAUAACACCCUAUUCCCUUUACUGUGCACCACUUUUGGCUAGAGCUCUGGUCAAAAGUAGUGCACUAUGUAGGGAAUAGGGUGCCAUUUCAGAUCUUUACCCUUCUUUUUGUCUGCAUGCAUUGCUGUUUUCUACUAAAACAAUUCUUUAUGGAAAAUCAUUAUAAACAAGAUUAACUAGAAAUACAAGAAAAACUGUUGAGAAAUGACAAGAAAAACAGUUGAGAUACUUUGAUGUUUGAUAUGAUCCAGUGAAUAUGUAUAGGUUUCAUGUAAAGUUACUGUGUUGCCUGGCUUGCUAACAUUGAUAUAUUUAUGGUUUCUAUUGAUGUGGGUUAUAACCCUUUGAUGAAAUUCAGGGGUUGGUAUUUUUGGGGGUAGAACACAUCAUUAUAGCAUCGGAACCAGAGUUGUUGGAAUAAAACUUUGUAACUUUAAA